CCAUUUUCCUCCCUCUCAGCUCAACCACUUGCUCCUGUUUACCUCUACAAUUUUCUUCUGUUUCUUUAUCUGGUAUUCUCCCUUGAAGCUUGAAAGUCUGAACUGCUAAUUGUUUUUUCAACCCUUUUGCUUUAUUGAUUUUUAGGAUCCUUAGCUUGAACAACUUAUCAGGAAACAAAUCCUAUGGCCUUCGAGCAGUAUUAUGCAAACGAGUGGAAAUCGAUCCCUGCUCCAGCAUCAGACUCAGAUAAGACUUCUGCCUGCUUUGAUUGCAACAUCUGCCUGGACUUUGCACGGGAUCCGGUUGUUACACUUUGUGGCCAUCUCUAUUGUUGGCCCUGCAUUUAUAAGUGGUUUCACUUUCAGAGCGACUCUCUGUCUUCAGAUGAACGCCCUCAAUGCCCAGUUUGCAAGGCUGAAAUCUCCCAAAAAGAUUUAGUCCCUCUUUACGGGCGUGGGGAGACACUGCCUGAAUCUGAGCCCGAAAACAAGCUCACCCUAAAAGUACCUCCCAGGCCAGCUGCUGUUGGUCCAUUAUCCUUGUCAAAUUCUGUUAAUCCUUCUCAGCAACUGCCACAUCCUAAUGCUUAUAAUCCGUAUACGAGUUACCUCAACAGUUCAUCAUCGCCUUCUUCCUUCAACUUUGGAAGCAAUACAUCAGUUGGAGUCUAUCAUCCAGUUGUUGGAAUGUUUGGAGAGAUGGUCUAUGCUAGGAUGUUCGGGAACUCAGAGAGUUUAUAUACAUAUCCUAACUCAUAUCAUCUAGUUGGAAAUAGCAGCUCAAGAUUGAGAAGACAGGAAAUGCAGGCUGACAAGUCUCUCAAUAGAAUUUCCCUUUUCCUCUUAUGCUGUUUUCUUCUUUGCCUCUUGUUAUUCUAGUUUCAUUGAGGCGCUCUCCCCCCACCCCCGCGCGCCGCCCUUCGUCUUGUACACAUUGUACAUAACUGAUGUUGAUGAGCAUCAAGUCAUUAAAAAUCAUAUAUUUGAGAUGAUAAUACGCAAAAUUUUGACAAAAGUUUAGUGAGUUUAAACUGGUACAA